AAACAGUCGGAGAAUAACGGACAACACGCUUCAAAUUUGAUGUUCAGACGCUUAUGAUUCUCCUCCAAUUAUUUAAAUAAUCUCCACAAUAAAAAUGGCAUUGUUAAAUGGGGCAAGACAAUUAUGUUGCACACACAGUAUUGCAACGUAGAGUUGGUGGGACAACCGCGAGAUGGGGACGCUCAACCCGGCGUUCAACGUCAGUAUGCCGGCAGUCGUGGGUAUGACGCCGUUGCCACCACGUGCGCGAGCCAAAUUUAAAUCAACCGCCUAGAAAAUCACGCAUGAUACCGGCUUUCAGUUGUGUACAUCAUUCUACUUCAUCACAGCGGCGAAAGCUAAAAAAAAACGUUUUAUUACUACCGGAGAAUCAUAAGUUCACAUUUUUAUUCAACUGGUACCAGAAAUACGUGAUGAAAAAGAUUUCAAAACAAUAAAGUCACCGGAAGAUUGAUGAAAUUUAACAGAAUAUAAUUAACACGACGAAGAUAUUCUUGGAUGAUUUUUAAAUACCACUAAUGUGUCAAUAAUUCAGAAGACUUAUGGUGUUGAUGGAGAUUAAAAAUAAUUGAUCCACGGAGUAAAGUUAUCUGGAGGAGAAUAAAAAGACGAUAAAUGAAUGAAGAUGAUCAUGGUAAUAAUGGUAAUGGUUGGAUCAUAUGAUUGAAUUGAUUAAUCAAUAUUAUUAUUGAUUAAAAGAAGUAAUCGAUCGACCUUGAGUUGAAAGGACUGACCUUGUCAAUAAGAAGGCGCCACCCGUGGAAUAACUAGAAAGUGGCGUAAUCGGGAGUAAAAUAUUUAGCUAUCAUAAUCAUUGGGUGAUAACGUGGCAAUGUGACUCCAUUUUAAAGACAAUAAUUAGCAAGAAAACAAAUAAAUGACCUAAUGAAAUGAUCUCAUUUCUUCUAAUCAUCAUUCAAGAAUCAUUAGAACUUUCUAGUGGAUAUCAUAUUACUUCUGUGCUUGGAUGAAAUAUGAACGUAUGUGAGCAACGUCAAGAUCGCCAAUUUUUCAUGGUUGAUUACGCGGUUUACUGAAUUUGUUCAUUGACCUCACGAGUGAGACCGAGAGAGGAAUUGAUGUAAGCAUUUUAGCGACUGCGACCUCUACGGACAGUAAAAAAGAAUUCUGAGUGGCGUACAUAUGUAUAUGUGUAUACAAAGAAAUAUAUGAAAGGUUUAAGUUGACAGACAACUCUUAUAAGGUGUAUAUACAGAUUAGUGCUGUGUUUACUUGAUUGAAACUUGUUUGCAAUUCACAUCAACAGUUCAACAACCAUGCAGCUUCCAAUCGUUCUAUUGCUGAUCUCCACUGUUCUGUGUUCGUGGCGUCGUACUCAGGCGGACUCGAGCUAUCUUGAUGAAAAAAAAGAUGCAGUGUAUGAUUUGUUGCAAGCUGCAGUAGUAACCACAGAGGACAAGAAUCAAUAUAUUGAUGAUGGCCUAGAUGGAUUUUUUGCCUUUGGUUUCCGUCCUGGUUCAGAGGUUAAACAGCCUUAUAGAUUGUGCUUACCAGAAAAAUUACCUGCUGAAUUUACGAUUGUUGCAACCUUCAAACCAACAUCUCUGAGGAAUGCUUAUCUGUUUGCAGUACUCAACCCAUUCGACACUGUUGUUCAAUUAGGUUUACGUAUAUCAGAAGGCCCAGCAUCAAAUCAAAAUGUUUCAUUGGUUUAUACCAAUUCAGAUGAGCAUUCACAUUCAGAGGAAGUUGCUAAAUUCAGCGUUCCUAAACUAAUAAAAAAAUGGUCCAAAAUAGUGAUUCGAGUAUCAACUACAGAUGUUGCUCUUUAUUUGAACUGUCAUGAGAUGGCCAGACAGAAGGUUACGAGGAUUCCUCAAGAACUUGUGUUUGAUACAGCUAGCACACUUUAUAUAGCUCAAGCAGGACCUCACAUUCAGGAGAGAUAUGAUGGUGUUCUACAAACAUUAAAACUAUACUCCGGAUUACCACCAGACCUUGUUAGAUGUUCUGACAUGGAGCUCUUUCCAGAACACUCAGGAUCAAGUACUUACGACCCGCUGGAGGGGUCUGGAUCUAUAGACAUUUUUGAUAAGUUUGGUCGGGACGAGGAUGAUGAGCGAAAUGAAAGUAAUCCACCUCCGUUCAUCACACCACCACCCCCAAAUCUAGAAGGUUCAAGUUUAAAAGGUGAGAAGGGUGAUAAAGGUGAUAAGGGGGAAAGUAUUCGUGGUCCUCCAGGCCCACCCGGACCUCCUGGAACUGGAUAUGAUUUUAAUGAAGAGGAUUUGCUGUCAAAACAAUUGCAAGGUCCUCCAGGUCCAAAAGGCGAUCCUGGCUCCUGUACAUGUAAUGCAACAGCUUUGAUGACUAGUUUUUUGAUGCCUAAAAUGAUAACAGGACCAAAAGGGGAACCAGGAGUUCCGGGAAAGGAAGGAAAGCAAGGACAAAUGGGAUUAACGGGUGCUGCUGGACCACCAGGAGAACGAGGUCCUUCAGGACCAAUUGGGCCAAAAGGUGACAAGGGUGAUAUUGGAACGACAGGUCCAGAAGGACCGCAAGGACAAAAGGGUGAGCCUGGAAGAGAUGGAAUUCCAGGUGAGAAAGGAAACCAAGGACCUCCUGGACCACCUGGAAAAUCUGAAGACUUCUCUCCCCAUGAACCUUGGAUUCGGGGUAUUUCACGAGAUAGUAUUACAAUGAGACCGGGAUUACCAGGACAAAAAGGAGAUGUGGGUGAGCCUGGAAUACCCGGAACGAAAGGUGAACCAGGCAUACCAGGGUCAAAAGGAGUGAAAGGUGAGAUGGGACAAAAAGGAUCCAAAGGAGAUCAUGGGAAAGAAGGCAGCCGUGGAAUCCAAGGCUUUAAAGGAGAACCCGGUGCACCAGGUACUCCGGGUCUUCCUGGUGCUCCUGGAGAAAAUGGUAGACCAGCUGAAAAAGGAGAAAAGGGUGAUAUCGGACCAGAAGGCAAACCAGGUGUGCCUGGACCUCCUGGUCCUGCUGGAACUGGUGGUGGAAAUGGUGAAAAUAAUUCGGGAAUAAGAGGUCCAAAAGGUGAACCUGGUGCAAGAGGAUUCAAGGGUGAAAUCGGAGUAAAAGGUGAAAAGGGAAGUAAAGGUGAUACAGGUCCUUCAGGGCAGCCGGGAAUGAAUGGAGUUCAAGGGCCUCAAGGGGAGAAAGGUGAACCAGGGAAAGAUGGAAUUCCUGGAGUAACUGGCACUGCUGGGUCGAAGGGAGAAAAAGGCGAAAGAGGUCCUCCUGGAGUUACAGCAAUUGCUGGAACCGGUGAUUACGUAACGAUUAAAGGAGAGAAAGGUUCUGAAGGUAAAAGAGGAAGAAGAGGUCGACCAGGACCUCCAGGACCACCUGGAAAACCCGGAACUUCUGGCGAAAUAGGACUACCUGGAUGGCCGAACCAGUUGCAUAAGGGUCGUCCAGGACCUCCAGGACCUCAGGGACCAACUGGAUUAAAAGGUGAAAAAGGUGAACCUGGUAUGCUGAGUUCAUAUGGAAGUGUUGUUGGUAUAAAAGGAGAUAAAGGAGAAAAAGGAGAUGAAGGAUUUCCGGGAAGUCCAGGAUUUCCUGGCAAAGAUGGACAGAGAGGAUUGCCUGGACCUCCAGGACCACCAGGACCUCCCGGGUUAUCACUAAUUGGUCAGAAAGUAGAAUCUGGUAUUGGAAGAGGUCAUAUUUUUGGAGAAAGGGAUUAUUAUGGUGCCCGUCAAGGAGCCAGAAGUAGUAUUGAUGAAUUGAAAGUUAUUCGAGAAUUGAAGCAAUUGAAAGAAUUAAAAGAACAUUUUGCAGCUGGUAGUGGAGGAACGAAAGGAUCUCAUGAAUCAACAACUAAAAUAGUCCCAGGUGCAGUGACAUUUCAAAAUACAGAAGCAAUGAUAAAGAUGUCAAAUGUGAGCCCUGUUGGAACAUUGGCUUAUAUCAUUGAUGAAGAAGCAUUAUUGGUUCGUGUAAAUAAUGGAUGGCAAUACAUAGCACUUGGAACAUUACUGCCGAUAUCUACAACACCUCCACCAACUACAAUACCACCACCAGCUAAUCCUCCCUUUGAAUCAUCGAACCUUAUCAAUCAAAUACCUGUAAAAGCCAAUGGAACUGGGUGGUAUCCUAAAAAGCUGCGGAUGGCUGCACUCAAUGAACCUAUGACUGGUGAUAUGCACGGUUUAAGUGGAGCCGAUUUUGCUUGCUAUCGACAAGCCAGACGAGCAGGAUUAAGAGGAACUUUCCGUGCAUUUCUAAGUUCAAGAGUGCAAAAUGUUGACAGCAUAGUGCGAUCAAGUGAUAGAGACUUGCCUAUUGUGAACAUUAAAGGAGAUGUUCUCUUUAAUUCAUGGAGGGAAAUGUUUAGCGGGAAUGGAGCUUAUUUUUCACCAAACCCAAGAAUUUAUAGCUUUAAUGGAAAAAAUGUUCUUACUGACUUUACCUGGCCGAAUAAAGUAGUUUGGCAUGGAUCCCACAAGCUUGGAGACCGUGCAAUGGAUACUUAUUGUGACGCCUGGCAUUCUGGAAGUUCCGACCGUUUUGGAUUAGGUUCUCCAAUUACGAGAGGACGUCUUUUGGAACAAUCUCGAUAUUCUUGCGAUAAUAAAUUUGUAUUACUAUGUAUAGAAGUAACAAGUGAGACAGUGAGGAGAAAGAGAGGUCUAAUAGAUUUUCCUACUCAUUUAAACAACCACAAUGAUAAUUAUUACUACAAAGAUACAAAUAAUGUUAGUGAUAAUGAAACCCGUGAUGAUAAUUAUGAUGAUGAUGAUGAUAUCUCUGAAGAAGAUUAUCAGACAUAUUUACGUAAAGUAAUGAAAAACUAAUUAUUUCAUUACCAUAAACUGUAACAAGUUUUUAAAUAUACAUUAACUCAUCAUUUCGAGCAUUAAAAUACCUCGAAUUUGAUCUCCUCAGUAUUUAAGAGUUUCAUAAAAAUUUCCAACCAUUCGAUGAGGAAUGAUCUUUGAGAUUUUAAAUAAUUGAUCGUAAAAAAUAAUAAUUUACAUUGACAAGACUGAGAGUCUCAAAUUCGUUCUAUAAAAGUUAUCAUAUCUCGAUCAUAUCACCUAGAAUAUUCUCAUACUAUAAUGGAUAAUAUAAAAUUAACUCAAUAACUAUUAAAAAUAAACAACUUCAACUAGAAAUUUUUCAUCAAUAAAAAUCAUCAAUAUCGCUAUAAAUGUUAAUAAAAUGUCGGUUUCAAACGUACUGUACAAGCAACAAUAAACGAUCAACUUUAGGUUUAUAAAAAACAAACAGCUCUAGUGUUUAUUUUUUGAAUGCUUUAUGAUAUUUUAUAUAAUCUGACUAAAUUUAAAAAAUCCAUUGUUUUUAAAAAUUGUAAAAAUUUCUUGAUGAUGCCUGAAUAUAUUUACUAUGUAAUUUUAUUGACUAAAUUAUUUAACAUAAAUUGCUUUAUUAAUUUCAAUCGAAAAUAUUCUCAACCCACAAUUAUCAAACGUUAAUUUUGUUCAAAAUUUAAAUAAUUAAAUGAGACUACGUGAGGCAAUAAUUAUUUUUCAAUUCAUAUUACAUUUUUAACGUAGUUAGAUAUUUGAUAAUAAAUGAAAAAAAAGAAACGUUGAUUUGAAAGAAUUUUUGCCACGAAAAUAUUUAAGAUUGAGAUUAUUACUUGUAACUGUACUUAUUAAAUACUCAAAAUCUCAGAUGUUAAAAGGUUUAAUUUAGAUAUAAAAAAUAGCCAAAAAAUUAAUUUUAGGAAUGAAUAAUAUAUGUAAGCGUGGAUAAUAUUUAUGUUCUAAAUACUGCCAUAUCUUGUAUAGUCUUUGUGACAACAUUACUGAUGAUAAUUAAUAGUACUAAUAAGAAUUGAUUUAUACUAAACCUUAACGUAAAUUAAGAAUGAUAUUAAUAUAUUGUUUUUAAUACAUUGCGAUACUUAAAUGGUCAUAGAGAUUCCAAUUAAUUAUUAAUUCCAAAUGAUAAUGUUACCAGAAUUUAAAUACAAUAUCAUUUACCAUACUAUUUGAAAAAAACUUAUCUAAAUUAGGUCAUUUUUUUCGACAACCUUAGCAUAACUUUUUUAAUUAUUUUUAUAUCCAUGGAAACAAAUAAACAUCGAAUUUGAAUUUCCAAUGUAAAUGUACCAUUAAUUUAAACCUCUAAAAUAUGGAGAAAGUAUAAAUAACAAAAUGUUUGUGUGUGGAAAGGAAUUAUAUUUACUGAAAAAACAUAUACUUUGUGUCAUUAUUAUGAUGGAUCAAUUAAAUAAUAAAUGGUUGAAUAAUUAAUUAUUACCUUCAUAUUGUUU